UACUAUACUACCCUUUUUGUAUAUGUCUGUAAAACCCUCUUUCCUUAUUGUUUGGGCCCAACCAAGGUAGGUUGUUCUUUUUAGAUCUUCGCUUCGCCGUCGCUUCUCACCACCGCUUUAACAACCCAAUGGCCACUCAAGCUGCUGCUGCUGCUGCUGCCUCUUUCAAUGGCAACCUUAAGAAAGCUGUGGCAGGUAUCAAGCGUAUCAAUCUCGACGGUCUUCGUUGGCGUGUUUUUGAUGCCAAAGGCCAGGUUCUCGGUAGACUUGCCUCUCAGAUCUCUACUGUCCUUCAAGCCAAAGAUAAGCCUACUUAUUGUCCUAACCGCGAUGAUGGCGAUAUUUGUAUUGUCCUCAAUGCUAACGAUAUCGGCAUCACCGGUAGAAAGCUCACCGACAAGUUCUACCGCUGGCAUACUGGGUACGUUGGACACCUGAAAGAACGGAGUCUCAAAGAUCAGAUGGCCAAAGACCCCACCGAGGUCAUCCGUAAGGCUGUCUGGCGCAUGCUUCCUACUAACAACUUGCGUGAUGACAGAGAUCGGAAGCUGAGGAUCUUUGAAGGCAAUGAGCAUCCUUUUGGGGACAAGCCACUCGAGCCUUUCGUCAUGCCUCCUCGUACCGUGAGAGAGAUGCGACCCCGCGCUAGACGUGCUAUGAUCCGUGCCCAGAAGAAGGCUGAGCUGGCAGAAAAUGGUGGAACUGAGGUUAAGAAAGGCAAGAAGAGGACUCCCUCUCAACUAACUACUGCCUAGAAGAAAAGCUUCAGCCAGCAACUUAGUAAUGUGAUUCGUGUCUUUAUAUAAUAGGCGGCAGGCGUGGAUCUUGUUUCUGGAUGCCACACAAUAAUAUACUCUCGUUUCUGUUUAUCUUCCCCUUUUCUUCCAUUUCACACCCUGUGCCCCUGCUCGAUUACACAAGUGUCGCUAGCAGGCUUUUUUUUCUCUCGGUCGUCUUCGUCGUUUGUUUGUUAAUCAUCCAAAUUUUUAUUUUUAUAUGAUUGCAAUGUUUGCUUA